AUGGGAGAUGCUUUGCAGGAGCGCAGAGGAGCCACCCUGCUAUCCAGAAGAUGCUGCAGCCACCGAGGAAUUGCCAGCAGCCAUGCCAACCUGGUCAGGUGCAAGAUGACCCUCACGACCACACCGGCAGCCAGCAUCACCCAGGCUUUCUUUUGCCUCCUGCUGUGUAUCCCCUGGGGCAGCUCCUGCCCCCCAAGCUGCCAGUGCACAGAGUGGGCAGGGGCAAAGGCCGUCCUCUGCAGUUCCCGGCACUUGGAAGAGAUCCCCAAGGACAUCCCCAAAGACGCAGUAUUCCUCAAGCUGGACACCAACAGCAUCACCAGAAUCCCCAGCAAUGCCUUCAGGCACCUCACCCACCUGGAGGAACUCGAUCUCUCCAGGAAUGUUUUCGACAGGGCGGCUUUCAAAGGGGUGGCUGCUGGGCUGCGUACUCUUGACCUCUCCAGCAAUCGCAUCCGUAGCAUCCCCAAGGAGGCCUUGCUGGCGCUCAGUGCCAAGCUCCGCCUGGCCAACAACCCCUGGCACUGCGAGUGUGCCUUGCAGGAGGUGUUGUGGGAGGUGCGGCUGGACCCCGACUCUGUCCAGGACAUCACCUGCCACACGGCCCCACGCGAGGAGUACGUGGGCAAGCCACUGCUCCAGGUCCUGGAUGCUGGUGUCAACUUCUGCAGCGGGCGUCAGAGAACCACGGAUGUGGCCAUGUUCAUCACCAUGUUUGGCUGGUUCGCCAUGGUCAUCGUCUAUGUGAUCUGCUAUGUCCGGCACAAUCAAGAGGACACCUGCAAGCACGUGGAUUACCUGAAGUCACUGCCAAGCACCCAGGGCCAUGCAGAGAUUACCAGCACUGCCCUGUAG